AUGGACCUUUACCAGUCGCCAGCCAGUGCUCUGGACAAACUGGUGGCCCACAACCUGCAACCAUCCCCUGAGUUCACGGCAGCGGUGCGGGGCGCUCUGGGGUCCCUGGACAUCUCCCUACGGAAGCAGGGAGCUCCGGGUUCACAGAGAGCAAGGGUGAUAAGGAUCGCCAAGGGAGGAGCCUAUGCCCGGGGCACAGCUCUCAGGGGUGGCUGUGAUGCUGAACUUGUCAUCUUCCUCAACUGCUUCAGGAGCUUUGGGGACCAGAAGACCAGACGCACAGAGACCCUGGGUUCCAUGCAGGCGUCGCUGGAGUCCUGGGGACGCCACCCUGGGCCUGGACUGACCUUUCGGUUUUCUGAGCCAAAGGUGGCUGGCGUCUUGCAGUUCCGGCUGAUGUCAGCAGAUCAGGAAAACUGGAUGGAUGUUAGCCUGGUGCCUGCCUUUGAUGUGCUGGGACAGCCCCGCCCUGGAGUCAAGCCCACACCUGAGGUAUACUCCUCCCUCCUCAGCAGUGGCUGCCGGGACGGGGAGCACGCAGCCUGCUUCACAGAACUCCGAAGGGACUUUGUGAACACUCGUCCAACCAAGCUUAAGAACUUAAUCCUGCUGGUCAAACACUGGUACCGCCAGGUGCAGACACCAGAGACCACGAGGGCCAUGCUGCCCCCUAGUUAUGCCCUGGAGCUGCUCACUAUCUUUGCCUGGGAGCAAGGCUGCAGGAAAGACAACUUCAGCCUGGCACAAGGGCUCCGGACCGUCCUGGCCUUGAUCGAACAAAACAAGCACCUCUGUAUUUGCUGGACAGAAUACUACGGCUUCCAGGACCCUGCGGUUGGGAAGUUCUUGCAAAGGCAGCUUAAGAGACCCAGGCCCGUGAUCCUGGAUCCAGCUGACCCAACUUGGGACGUGGGUAACGGGACAGCCUGGCGCUGGGAUGUGCUGGCCAAGGAGGCUGAGUCCUGCCUUAAUCAGCGAUGCUUCCGGCAGCCAUCUGGAGCCCCUGAGCAGCCUUGGGAGGGGCCGGGCCUGCCACGUGCUGGCAUCUUGGGUUUGGGCCACCCCAUCCAACAAGACAACCCAGACCACAACGCUGUGUGUCCAAGAGUCAGCCCGCAGCCUUUGAAUCCAUCUCCAGCACCUGCCAUGCCAAACACAACAGCCUAUAAAAUCAGCAAGAACCUCGAAAAGGUAGCACCUCAAAGAACUGUCCCUGAAACCGUGUCAAAAGUCUCCAUCACCCAGACCACACCAUCCUUAAGUGUGCCUCCAGCCAGCACCUCCACUGCUAGGUCAGUGAUGGGCCCACAUCUGUCACAGAUCCCCAGCAAGGAGCUGGACUCCUUCAUCCAGAAUCACCUGAGACCAAGUGCCCAGUUCCAGCAGCAGGUGAGGCAAGCCAUUGACACCAUCCUGCGCUGCCUCCGGGAGAAGUGUGAGCACAAAGCCUCCAGGGUCAGCAAGGGCGGCUCUUUCGGCCGCGGCACGGACCUCCGGGGUGACUGUGAUGUGGAGCUUGUCACCUUUUACAAAGUCCUCAGGGACUUCAAGGGCCAAAGGUCCCAACAAGCAGAGAUCCUGUGUGACAUUCGGACCCAGCUGCAGUCCUGGUGGCAGGAACCAGUGCAUGGGCUGAGCCUCCAGUUCACUGAACAGAAUAGACCCAGCGCUCUGCAGCUCCGGCUGGUGUCCACAGACCUCAACAGCUGGGCGGACAUCAGUGUGGUACCUGCUUUCGAUGCUGUGGGGCAGCUGAAUUCUGGGGACAAACCUCAGCCGCAGGUGUACUCCUCCCUCCUCAGCAGCGGCUGCCAGGCCGGGGAGCACGCAGCCUGCUUUGCAGAGCUGCGAAGGAACUUUGUGAACAAUCGCCCUGUCAAGCUUAAGAACCUGAUGCUCCUGGUCAAACACUGGUACCGCCAGGUUGCCUCUCGAUAUAAAGGAGGAGAGGCAGCAGGUGCUGCUCUGCCCCCAGCCUACGCCCUGGAGCUCCUGACAAUCUUUGCCUGGGAUCAAGGCUGUGGGAAACCAGGGUUCAGCAUGGCUGAAGGCCUGCGGACCGUCCUGAGGCUGGUCCAGCAGUAUCGGUCACUCUGUGUCUACUGGACAAUCAACUACAGCAUACAGGACCCGGCCCUCAGAGCGUAUCUUCUCAGGCAGCUUCAGAAAGCCAGGCCUCUAAUCCUGGACCCUGCGGACCCCACCUGGAAUGUGGGCCAGGGCAGCUGGGAACUGUUAGCUCGGGAGGCAUCAGCUCUGGAGUCACAAGUUUGCCUUCAGAGCAGAGAUGGGACUCCUGUGCCACCCUGGGAUGUGAUGCCAGCCCUUCUUCACCAGACCCCAGCUGGAGACCUGGACAAGUUCAUCAGCGAAUUCCUACAGCCCGACCGCCAUUUCCUGGAUCAAGUAAAGAAAGCCGUAGAUACCAUAUGCUCCUUCCUGAAGGAAAACUGCUUCCGGAAUUCUCCCAUCAAGGUGCUCAAGGUGGUUAAGGGCGGUUCUUCUGCCAAAGGCACGGCUCUACAAGGGCGCUCGGAUGCCGACCUUGUGGUGUUCCUCAGCUGCUUCCGCCAGUUCUCUGAGCAAGGCAGUCACCGGGCAGAGGUCAUCUCCGAGAUCCGGGCGCAGCUGGAGGCGUGCCAGCAGAAGCAGAAGUUCGAUGUCAAGUUUGAGAUCUCCAACAGGAAGAAUCCCCGAGUGCUCAGCUUCUCGCUGACAUCCCAGACACUGCUAGACCAGAGCGUGGACUUCGACGUGCUGCCAGCCUUUGAUGCCCUCGGCCAGCUGAGGCCUGGCUCUAGGCCUGAUCCCCAGGUCUACAAGGACCUAAUCCACAGCUACAGCAAUGCAGGCGAGUUCUCUACCUGCUUCACGGAGCUGCAGCGUGACUUCAUUAGCACCCGUCCCACCAAACUCAAGAGCUUGAUUCGGCUGGUGAAGCACUGGUACCAACAGUGCAACAAGAUGGUCCAGGGUAAGGGUUCCUUGCCACCCCAGCAUGGGCUGGAGCUCCUGACCGUGUACGCCUGGGAGCAGGGCAGCCAGAAUCCCCAGUUCAACAUGGCGGAGGGCUUCCGUACCGUGCUGGAGCUGGUUGGCCAGUACCGCCAACUGUGCAUCUAUUGGACCAUCAACUACAACGCCGAGGACAAGGCCAUCGGCGACUUCCUGAAGCUGCAACUUCAAAAGCCCAGACCCAUCAUCCUGGAUCCAGCUGACCCCACAGGCAACCUAGGCAGCAAUGCCCGCUGGGACCUGCUUGCUCAGAAGGCUGCAGCCUGCACAUCUGCCUUGUGCUGCAUGGACAAGGACGGCACCCCCAUCAAGCCGUGGCUGGUGAAGAUAUGUUCCCCGUGUAAUGUGACCGUGGCCAUCGUGGGGCAGAGGUUGUGA